AUGAUGAUCUUCGAAAGCGAGGAGCCAGAUCCGGAGCCGCAGGACGCUGUCGAUUGUUCCAUCGCUCUCAACAACAUCCUUUUUAAUCGCCUCCAGUCUGUCCGGGAACGAGUCCGGACCUUCGCGGUGGAAAAGGCCGCCAUGGAAAUCAACCUUGAACAUGACAACAGUGGAGAAUACCAUAGAUUACUAUACGCAUACAACGAGCUGGCUCUCGAACUGGAUCUGGAAGAGGGACUUUCCUCGGCCUACCUCCAGGAGGAUGUCGACCGCUACAUCCCUCACUCCCUCUUCGGCGCUCUCUCUCUCGUCAUUCGAAGAAAAGACCUUGGCUCAAGAGGUCUCGCCGCCUGCCCCGCCGCCAACAUCCCAGUCUGGAUUCACGCCAUCCACACAACACUUUCCCGAGCCCUGAAGUUUAUCUUCUCGCUCUCCGCCCACGAAAACGCUGCCUUUGGCCAACAGCCAGACCCCUACCUCGCAACUCAACACCCUCGCCGUCUUCCCGACUGGCGAAACGAAUACCUCACCCUCGCUCAAGACCUCAAGCGAGAACUAGGCGGUUACGACGGCUUUUCCCCCGCUGAUCUCCCCCCAGGCCCGAGCUCAACCUGGGUGGAGAACAUAACGCCAGACAAGCUCGCGGCUCACUGGUUCGCAAAAGAACAAAAGUACAUCCGAGACCGCGAGGAGAAGCUGCGCAAGUCGUUGGUUGAGUUGAUGGAGGAAAACGCCUCUGGGGUGGUGGAAUGGAGGUGGAACAAAAUCAACCCAGAGGAUCUGGAGGAAGUUUGUAAGGUUGCCUAUGAGUCUCGUGGUCGGUGUUUCGUAUACAUAGACACAGACAGACACUCGAUAUGGGAGGAGCAUAUUUAUUGA